UGUAAAUAUCAGCUUGAGCUUCUAGGCUUGGUAAACACAGCCAAAGAAGCUUGGUCAUGUGAUCAGCUGUGUCCAAUCACAGCUGAUCACAUGACAUGUACACUGAUCAUCAGGGCAUUGAUGAUCAGCGUGCCCUGAUGAUCAGUGUGGCCCCAGAAGUGCCACCUGUCAGUGCUCAUCAGUGCCACGUGCCAGUGCCCACCAGUGCCAUGUGCCAGUGCCCAUCAGUGCCACAUCAAUGCCACAUAUCAGUGCCCAUCUGAGCUGCCUUUCAAUGUCACCCAUCAGUGCCAGUCAGUGCCGCCUAUCAAUGCCAAUCAGUGCCACAUAUCAGCGCUGCCAAUCAGUGCCACCUACCAGUGCCAGUCAGUGUCGCCUAUCAGUGCGCAUCAGUGCCAGUCAGUGCCGCCUAUCAGUG